UUCCACUUUGCAUGUCCGAAACUAGUUUUUUAUAUAUAUUUAUUGCGUAAAAAUUUUACAUAGUCUUUACUUAAGUAAUAAUCUUUAUAAUUAUAAUCCAGUUCUUUAUAAUUAGUAAUCUUUUACAUAACGUGAUAAACGCCUGCAUUGCUUAUUUUGCAGUAGCACUGAAACCACUUUUCAGAGUGGACAGAAAAUUGUCGUUGUCGUUGACCAUAUUAAAAAAUAUUAUCAAACCAAAGAAAUAAAUUUUGGUAGAGAGAAAGGAUUAGUUUUUAAAUUGAUUAGUAAACAUCAAAUCACUUCAAUCCAAUUUUCCAAUUUUCAGGAAUAAAAAUGGGAUCAGCAAAAGAUUACCUUGAUGUUCUCAUCGUCGGGGCCGGAUUCUCUGGAUUGCACACACUCAAUCAACUUAGAAAAUCCGGAUUUUCUGCAAGAAUUUACGAACGCAGUUCUAGUUUUGGAGGCGUUUGGCAAGCUAACCGAUAUCCGGGCGCUAGGGUUGACAUUGAAAUACCAGCAUAUCAAUUUUCUGAUAAAGAACUGUGGCAAGAUUUCGACUGGAGUGAACGCUAUCCUGGUCGUUCCGAACUCCUCCGCUACUUCAAUCAUGUCGAUAAGAAACUUGGACUCAGCAAAGACAUUGAAUUCAAUACGACGGUCGUAAGUUCGAGGUUUGACGAAUCGCGUCAACUCUGGUGUGUCAAGACGGAUACUGGGCUGUCAACUUGGGCCAAGUAUUUUAUCCUCUGCACAGGCUUCACAUGCGUCAAGUAUGUACCCGAGUUCGAGGGACUGAACAAAUUUAAAGGAAUCUGGCAUCAUUCUGCUUGCUGGCCGGAAGAUACGGUCGAUCUGACCGGAAAAAAAGUUGCCGUUGUGGGGACUGGAGCCUCGGGGCUACAGAUAAUUCAAACAAUUGGUCCUCACGUAUCACAUCUCACCGUUUAUCAACGCACCCCCAACAUGGCUCUUCCAAUGAGACAAUGUUCAAGUAGCGAUGAGAAAAUAAACGACGGAACAAAGUGGACCUUCCCAAAGAAGGAUGAAUAUGAAAGAAUAUUUCAAAAGAUGCGAACCACAUUUACUGCGAUUCGAGUUGAUUUUACUCCACAAAAAUUUCAAGACGCUACUCCAUCCGAAAGACGAGCCCUUUACGAGGAUCUUUGGGCUUAUGGAGGAUUUGCCUUUUGGCUCGCGAAUUAUGCCGAAAUUAUAUUUGACCAAGAGGCCAAUGAUGAAGUUUACAACUUUUGGUGUGAAAAGACUCGGUCUAGAAUUCACUCAGAGAAGAAAAAGGAAUUAUUAGUUCCAAUGAAACCUUUUCACCCAUGGGGGACAAAACAUCCUAGCCUGGAGCAAUCCUAUUACGAAGUGUUUAAUCAGGAUAAUGUUGACAUCAUCGAUGUGCGUGAAUCUCCGAUUAUUGAAAUAACGGAAACCGGAAUUCGAACGGAGAAAGAAGGCGUCAUUGAUUUUGAUGUAAUUAUCCUCGCCACUGGAUUUGACACUCGAACUGGUGGCGUGUUAAACGUUGACAUAAAAAACGGACAAGGAAAAUCAAUUCAGCAACAUUGGGAAAAUGGAAUCCGAUCUUACCUUGGCAUGAUGACAAACUCAUUUCCAAACUUAUUUUGGUGUUAUGGUCAACAUAGCCCAGCAGCAAUUUCGAACGGACCUCAAUGUGCAGAAAUCCAGGGCGAUUGGAUUACCGAGCUGUUGUUGAAUAUGAGGGAAACUGGCAUGGAGAAUGUUGAGGCAGAAAAAGGGUCGGAGGACGCUUGGGCGAAAAUUAUUAAGGAAAUGUGGUAUGCCACUUUAUGUUCAAAGACAGAAUCUUUGUAUCAAGGAACCAAUAUUCCUGGCAGAAAACCAGAACCGCUUUUUUACUUUGGUGGAACACCAGGAUAUGUUGUAGCGUUGAAAAAUUGCAAAAUUAAUAAUUACCAAGGGCUUAAUUUUAAAUGAUUCUUUUAUUACGGUUUUGUAGAGUCGGGGUUUUAAAGUACUUAUUUACAGGUUCUUAAAUCAAAUUUUAAAACAUUAUGCUCCUUUUAAUUGUCCACAAUUUUUAAAUUAAAAAUCAACAAUACAAUUUUAAUAUUACGAUUAUAUAUUUAUGCAAAAUGUGAAAAUUUACAUACAUAUGUACGUGCUGAACUUACUCAAUAUUACUUAUCCAUUCAACUCGGACAAAUGAAUAAACUCAAUUUUAAAAUUAGCAAAAUA